AUAAAUUUGUUUCUCUUCCAUGUGGUUGGUCUAGUGACGUUUUCGUGUCCACGAAAAAUAAAGUUUUAUAUAUUUUCACUAAAUUUUUGUAUAAUAAUAUUCUAGGAGCCGUAAUGUGUUCAUUAGAACAUGAAGCUGCUGUUGUGGACGAAAUGGAGCAGUUGACAGCCCAUUUGCGUACACAAAUAGAAAAUACCAAACGUGGCGAAGGAUUUGAGUUUGAAGAUGAUGAAGAGUACGCAAAGUUAAAGAUGGAGAAUACUAAAUUAAAGCAUCGCCUAGCGAUCUUGAACAAGGCGAUUGUUGCCGAAGAGAACUCUCAAGGGUCGCCUUCUGCAGUCGUGACUCAAUAUGCAUCAGCUGCACUGCCAACCACUGAUAGUGAAAUGAUUUCGAUAACCGAACAUAUUACAGAUUUAUUUACAAAAGCCAUCGCUGUAGCAUUCCCACAACUUGCCGGCACUUCAGCUAUAAUAUCACCAGUGAGUGCAACUACUCCUAAGUUUGGAGAUUAUCAGUGCAAUAGUCCCAUGUCACUAGCAAAAACGUUAAAGGCCUCUGGCAUAAAUAAAUCGCCGAGGGACAUAGCCAAUGAAAUAGUUAAACAUGCUGCGCAAUCUCCGCUUUUGGAUAGAACCGAGAUUGCGGGAGCUGGUUUCAUCAAUGUGUUUAUCAAGAAAGAUUAUGCUGUUAGUGCAAUUUCCAACUUGUUGCGGUAUGGAGUUAAACCACCAGCCUGCCGAAAGCAACGAAUACUCGUGGACUUCUCUUCACCGAAUAUAGCCAAACAGAUGCACGUUGGUCAUUUGCGUUCGACUAUUAUUGGUGAGUCUAUUUGCCGUUUGCUGGAGUUUUUAGGACACGACGUUUUGCGCAUCAAUCACUUGGGUGACUGGGGUACACAGUUUGGCAUGUUAAUUGCACACUUGGAGGAUCGUUUUCCCAAUUUCGUAACCGAAAGUCCGCCUAUUGGUGAUUUACAAGCAUUCUACAAAGAAUCGAAGAAGAGAUUCGAUGAAGACGAAGUAUUCAAGAAACGAGCUUAUAAUUGUGUUGUGCUAUUACAAAACGGCGAUCCGAAUUCAAUUAAAGCGUGGACACAAAUUUGCGAUGUUUCACGUGAAGAGUUCCAAAAAAUCUAUGACCGCUUAGAUAUAACACUUAAACCACUCGGUGAGUCUUUCUAUCAGUCACGCAUGAAAGAAGUUAUAAAGUUGUUGGAAUCCAAGAACCUACUCGAAGAAGAUGAUGGCCGCAUAAUCAUGUGGCCAGGUGAACGAUCAUCAGGCAUACCAUUGACGAUCGUCAAAUCGGAUGGAGGAUUUACGUACGACACCUCGGACAUGGCUGCAAUCCGUUAUCGUUUAGAAGAACAAAAAGCCGAAUGGCUGAUAUACGUCGUAGACUCCGGUCAGAGUACACAUUUGCAAAAUAUUUAUCGUGCCGCAGAACGUGCCGGUAUUUUCAAUCCGAAAAUACAUCGAGCUGACCAUGUUAAUUUCGGUGUGGUGCUAGGAGAGGACGGCAAAAAAUUCAAGACACGUUCCGGUGAGACAGUAAAGCUUUCCGAUCUACUGGAUGAGGGAUUAAAACGAGCGCUGGAUAAAUUGCUCGAAAAGGAACGUGAUAAAGUGCUUACACCAGAGGAAUUGAAAGCAGCUCAGGAAUCGGUCGCCUAUGGUUGCAUAAAGUAUGCCGAUUUAAGUCACAAUCGUACAAGCGAGUAUGUGUUCUCCUUCGACAAGAUGUUGGAAGAUCGCGGCAAUACAGCCGUGUAUCUACUCUAUGCGUUUACGCGAAUCUGUUCGAUUUCUCGCAAUUGUGGCGAGGACUUUUCCGAUCUGGCUAAAGUGCUGGAUAGUGGUGCUACUAUCGAAUUGGAUCACGAGAAGGAAUGGAAAUUGGCGAAGACUCUAUUGAAGUUCCCCGAUGUGCUGAUUAAAAUUUCCAAGGAUCUUCUCUUGCAUACACUCUGUGAAUUCUGCUAUGAAAUUUGUACUGUGUUCUCCGAAUUCUAUGACAGUUGCUAUUGUAUCGAGAAAAAUAAAAGUGGCGAAAUUGUUAAGGUCAACCAUGGGCGCAUCCUGUUGUGCGAAGCUACGGCCGCUGUGCUGAAGCAGUGCUUUUAUAUUUUGGGAUUAAAGCCUGUUUCUAAGAUUUAAAAUUUGCGUUCAUCACACUAGCGUAGCUAUUAAUCUAGUGAUGUAUUAUUUUUUCACAGAAAAUGACGUUUGAUAAAAUUAAACAAUAAUAAAGAUGGAAGGCUAUUGAAUACGAA